AUGGCACCAGAGGUAAUUCAGAGCUUUCCUGUGUCAGAAUCCUGUGAUACCUGGUCAUAUGGUGUGGUUUUGUGGGAAUUGCUAACAAAAGAAAUCCCUUUUAAUGGAAUUGAAGGAUUCCAGGUGGCUUGGCUUGUUGUGGAGAAAGGAGAGCGACUUCUAAUCCCAAGCUCUUGUCCACCAAGCUUUAAGAAAAUGAUGGAGCAGUGCUGGCUGCUUGAUCCCAAGCAGAGACCAUCAUUCAAACAGAUCUUGCUGAGGCUGAAGACUAUGUCUGAAGACGAAUCAUUGCCAGAACUUACAAACUCCUUUCUUGAUCACAAAGGUAUUUGGAAGAAAGAGAUUCAGACCACUCUAGAACGUUUGAAACGUGCUGAAAGAGAUAUAAAUCACAGAGAGCAAGAGUUAAAGGAGAGAGAGAUGAAGAUUAAAGAAAGGGAGAGGUCCUUAGGACAUCAGUUUAAUGUAGUGAAACUUGAAGACCAUGAUGUGAAUACAUGGCGUGAUGUUGACGUGUAUCAGUGGGUGAUGCAGCUGAGAUCAUCUGGUGAUACGGUUGAUCUGGUCCAGUAUGCUGAACUCUUCCUAACAAACAACAUAACAGGUCGCCGGUUGUUACGCAUGACAGAGAAGGAUUUGAAACAGAUGGGCAUUGCCAGUGUUGGGCAUGUUAUGGAUUUUCAGCUUGAAAUCGACAUUUUGAAGGCCCAUAAUUUUAGACUUCUGAAUUUUCCACCUUUAAUGAAAGCAGCAGAUCAAAGUUCUGUCUCUCAUGACAGAGAAACAGUCUCAAUUGUUUUGAUAUUCGGUCAUCAUUUGCGAAAAGGUACCAGUCCAGAG